CCCCUUCUCUUCGAUUUCACAGCCACUCCGAUUCAAAGUUUUUGGGAGAAAUCGUUGCUAGUAGUGCCUCCUGAGCGGAGCGGGGAUUGUUAUCUUCAGCGAGCGAUUCCUCUGCCGUAAGAAAAUUCGUGAAAGGUUCCCCUUUUUUCCUGCCGCUCGACCGUACAGACCCUCCGUUCCGAUGCAGGGGAAAAAUCUCUAGUGUUUGUCUGCUGUUGUCGACGUAGCUCUCUCUCUCUCUCUCCGUGCGUGCGCGAUUUGGUUCUGCAUAUGGAUGGGGUUUUUCUUCCCCCCUUCCUCGAUGCGUUACAGUUACAGGUACGUAGUAGUAGAAUCGGGCCGGCCUUGCCACUUAGCAGCAACUAGAUUUGAUGCUGCAUUGGCUCCUCGAUCUGUUCCUCACAGCGUGUGGUCAGCAGUUCACCACAACUUGUCUGCAUUUUGCCUCACACACUUGCUAAGUUGUUAUGCAUCAGGAUGGGAUGCUGCACUUGUCUGUCCAAAUGAUACAGGCAAUUGUAUGUGUUUGUAGAGAGCUCUCAUCUGGCUUUUUUCUUUUCUUCCUAAGGGUCCAUUCUGUCUAAUAUGCAUUGAAUGUUCUUUUGAUUUUAUUGGAUGCAUUCUGGUCCCUAUAUAAGCGUUGAACGAGGUUCUGCUGUUCAUGUUGACACAUUGGCACUCUUUUGAUCAGACAAUAGCAUUAACAGGUGGAGACUGUUUAAUAUCGGCCGGGGUCCUGUUGUUUUAGUUCAUGAGAGCUCUUGCGUUUGGUAUUGUUGACUUAUAUCUCUGCCCGCGACUCUGUUUUGCAUAUGGGCUGUUUUGUUGUUUGUUCGAUCAAAGGAGAAAAAAAAAACGUUCCUUGAUGCGUUCCAGACACUAGAAUAGGAUCCACCAUACCAUAUAACAGACCAGACGCCAUCUUGCAUUGGCUGGUGAACUCCUCGAUCUGUUGUUAGUCCUUGUCUUCAUUUUCUCACAUUGUUCCUGUAUCUGAUCCGCCAUUGCUUCUAGUAGUUUGUCCAAAAUACAGGUCUUUAUAGCAGAGAUAGCACCACAAGCUAAACACCUUCUUUGUUGGGAGCUCUCAUCUGAAUCUUUUUUACAGCCCAUUUGCUCUAAUAUAUGUUCUUUUGAUUUCUUUUAUGCAUUCUGGACCCUAGAGUUGAAUGAGACUGCUGAUUUCGCGUUCUGAAUUACUACUGUCGCAUGAUCUCUUGUUUCAUAUGAUGUUCAUGUUGACGCAUUGACACUCUUGUAGUCAACCAUAGCAUUACCAGGUUGACACUCUUUAAUGCCGGGAUUGUGUUGUUUUAGUUUAUGUUACCGUGAUCCACCUAUAUAUAUGGUAAAAUGAAGAAAACUCUUACUUGUCCGGAGCUUCAGCUCAUGCAUCUGCAUGGUUCAUUUGGACUGCAAACACCGUUGUUUAUCCAUUUGGUGAAAGCAUCAUCAAAUGGCACUGCAGUAGUGCUUGUUUAGUUAAUCUUACUCUAGGCAUGAUAAUGGUCAAUCCUGGUCAAUCUGCUCACCUUUUUAGAAUUAGCUACUUGAUCACUUUAGUUUACUCCAUCAUGAUUUGUAAAUACUAUGCAUGUCGUGUCAUACUGCCCAGCGAACUAUCCUUCCCACAAUCCCACUAUCUGAAACUACAAAUCAAACUGUUUCUAACUGCACUGAUGUAUAUUCUCCAGGCAUUAAUUUCUUCUUGUGACAGUGGUCGAGGGAGUUUGUUCAAUAAAAAAAACCUUUUCUUUUCUUCCCUUUUGAUGCAUUCUAAACUCUAGAGUCAAAUGUAGUUGUACUGAUUUCAUGGCGGAGAUUUCAAUUGUGAUAUCUUGUGGUUGUUGUGGACUUGUGGCAUAACAAAAUUAUGAUUCUCUCACAUCAAUUUAUUCUCUAUAAUUGCUUUUCUGGUGGUUUGCUUUCAAUAUUAAUCCAGUUGUGCUAACUCAUGUCACAGGACUGGACCAGUGAUAGUGAUGGCAGUGAUAAGUUUGAGUGGGACAGUGAUGGUGAGGCUGAGGCCUCAUCUGCUCCGGCUAUGAGGAACUUCGAUGCUCCUGGCCCAUCCACACUCAGUUCCAAUGGGUGGAUCAACGGGGAACCGCCGCCUACUUCUUUGAUCGAGGGAUAUGUGGCAAUGGGCUUCCCAAAGGAGAUGGUCGUGAGGAGUAGCAAGGAGAUUGGACAUGGUGAUGCAGAUGCGCUGCUCGAGCUACUCCUCACGUAUAAGGCACUAGGUGAUGAUGAUGAUGCACUGGGCAAUCACUCUACUUCUGGCUGCAACCUCCCUAUUGUUGAAGAUGAUGAUGAUCUUGAUUUUGAGAACUGGGAUGGCGAUGAUGAUACUGGUGGUAGAGAGUCAAGCUCUGAUGAUUCUGGUUAUGAGGAGUUUCUACGAGAGAUGUCAGACAAGGACGAGAAGAUCAACUCAUUGCGAGACAUGGGCUUUUCUGAAGAUGAAGCAAACAUGGCCAUUACGAUAUGCGGUGUGGAUGCUGAUCUCUCUGUAUUGGUCGACUCGAUUAGUGCAUCACAGGUUACAGAAGUUUGUCACUCUAGAAACUUAUCUGACCAUCAGGUUACAGCUAGAUGCUUCGAUUCCUUUGGAGGGAAAAAGAGGGCAAGAUUGAUUGAAGAGAGCAAGAAAAAGAGGAAGCGAUAUGGAGGUGGAGCACAAGGCAAACGACCUUCCUCGGAUGGCAGCGAUGAGGAAUCAAUGCCUCUCCCAAAUCCGAUGGUUGGGUUUAACCUUCCUGGUUAUAGGGGACCAUCAAUGACCCGAGUGCUUCCUGAACUGGCUACCGGACCACCUUAUUUCUACUAUGAAAAUGUGGCCAGAGCUCCGAAAGGUGUAUGGGCAAAAAUUACAAGAUUUCUGUUUGACAUCCAGCCUGAGUUUGUGGAUUCUCUUCAUCUGUGUGCAGCUGCCAGGAAAAGGGGAUAUAUCCACAAUUUGCCAACCGAGAACAGAUCACCGCUUCUCCCUCUGCCUCCAAAGACAAUUUUUGAGGCAUUCCCUCAUGACAAGAAGUGGUGGCCAUCCUGGGACCAGAGAACGCACUUCAAUUGCUUGCAAACAUGUACGGCAAGUGCACCGGUGACAGAACGGAUCCAGCAGAAACUUUCAAGCUCAGGCAAUCCACCACCUCAAAGUGUACAGAAAUAUGUCAGGCAUCAGUGCUCAAAAUGGAACCUUGUUUGGGUUGGCAAAGACAAAGCUGCUCCAUUGGAACCUCAUGAGAUGGAGUAUCUUCUUGGUUUCCCAAAGGACCACACAAGAGGCUUCGGCAAGACACAGAGAUACAAGUCUCUCGGCAACUCAUUCCAAGUCGACACGGUCGCUUACCACUUGUCAGUGCUGAGGGACAUGUUUCCCAAUGGUAUUACUGUGCUGUCCUUGUUCACCGGUAUCGGAGGAGGAGAGGUUGCCUUGCACAAGCUUGGGAUCCACAUGAGGGCAGUAGUUUCUAUUGAGAUAUGCAAAGCUAAUAGGAAGAUUUUGAGGAGUUGGUGGGAUCAGACCCAGACAGGAACAUUGAUUGAGAUUGAUGAUGUGAAAUCCCUCAAGGAUGAUGAAAUUGCAUCAUAUGUUCAUAGAUUUGGCGGCUUCGACUUGGUGAUUGGGGGCAGCCCAUGUAACAAUCUUGCCGGAAGCAACCGACACCAUCGUGAUGGCUUGGAGGGCGAGCACUCAUCUUUGUUCUAUGACUACUUUAGGAUCUUGAAUUCCGUCAAGUCGGCUAUGGCGAACAUGUAGCCUAAUCGCUGUAGUACCUAUGCUAUCGUUUAAUGCUUAUAUCUAGGAACUGUAACCGAUCUGUGUUUAAACAUUGAGUUGAUGUGGAGGAUGUUUAUUGGGGAGAAAGAUCACAUUAACAUU